GUAUCCUGUUCCUGCUCCCCGUGCUGCUGCAUUACCUUUGCAGAAUCAGCGGCAGAAUCAGCGGCAGAAUCAGCAGCAGCAGCAUCAGCAACAGCGACCAAACCGUUCUCCAAGACAUCUACGACGAGAGCCUUCUGUGAGCAGCAGCACCGGCAGCAAUUCAUUGCCUGUAAAACAACCAUUCAAACGUGCACCAACACCUCAGGAUCCAUCAUCUUACAAUUUGAGUUCAGGAAAAUCCAACAAAUCAGGGAAUGACAGCUCACUGCCGCCACCAUCUCCAACAUAUUCGUAUGGUUCAUCACAGAUUAUGUUUACCUAUGACGAACUUGCAAUGGCGACAAAUGGUUUCUCAAAAGCUAAUAUCUUGGGACAAGGUGGUUUUGGGUAUGUUCAUAAAGGUAUUCUUCCUAAUGGGAAAGAAAUUGCUGUAAAGUCUCUAAGAGCUAAUAGUGGACAAGGAGUGCGAGAAUUUGAGGCGGAAGUUGAGAUUAUUAGCCGAGUUCAUCAUAGGCAUCUGGUUUCGUUGGUGGGAUAUUGUAUUCAUGGUGCCCAAAGAUUGCUAGUCUAUGAAUUUGUGCCUAACAAGACCUUGGAGUUCCAUCUUCAUGGUAUAGAGAAGUCUUUUCUGGAUUGGCCUACGAGACAGAAGGUAGCUGUCGGAGCUGCAAAAGGGCUGGCAUAUCUGCACGAGGAUUGCCAACCAAGAAUCAUUCACCGUGAUAUUAAAGCUGCUAACAUACUCUUGGAUAACAGUUUUCAGGCAAAGGUUGCAGAUUUUGGACUCGCAAAGCUUACCCUUGAAGCAGACACACAUGUAUCCACGGGGGUGAUGGGGACCUUGGGAUAUUUGGCUCCGGAGUAUGCUUCAUCUGGGAGACUAACAGACAAGUCCGAUGUUUAUUCUUUUGGUGUAAUGCUUCUCGAACUGAUUACAGGACGUAGACCUGUUGACAGAACACAAAAGGAAUAUAAUCUCGUCGAAUGGGCAAAACCCUUUCUGACAUCUGCAAUGGAAGAUGAGAACUUUAAUCAACUCGUUGAUCCACGCUUACAAUUUAGUUACAAACACAAUGAGAUGGCGCGUAUGGUCGCUUGUGCAGCUACUUGUGUUCGUAAAUCAGCACGACAUAGACCUUUGAUGAGUCAGGUGGUGAGAACUCUUGAAGGUAACAUGACACUAUCUGAGCUAACGAACGAAAUAACACCAGGCCGAAGUAUGAUCCAAAGAUAUGAUACUGCUUCUGAACACAGUAACAGUCAAUACAAGAACAACUCUAAAGGAUUUGAGAGCACAAACACAGACACUUCUACAAGAGAAUAUGUAAGUAGUGAGUAUGAUGGAACCACUAGCGAGUAUGGAUUGUACGUGUCUAGUUCUAGUAGCGAAGUUCAGACUACUCAUGAGCUAAACACGGAAGACAUGCAGCGACAGAAGAGACGUUUUCUGCCACACUUUUGA